GCAUCAAAAAGAUCAAAAUAACUAUCUAAGCUAGCAAGCUAACCUAAAAUAGUAUAAACCGUAUCCUGCCCCCCCCCCGCCAGGCGGGGGAGGGGAGAGAGAGUUUUAUGGAUAACUAACGGCACGGGACAGGCCCCGGCUCGUAUCACAAAAGUCAGUAGCCAAAAAGGACUAGUCUAUAAAAGGCCAGCCCAUAGCAAACUCCAGCCAAAGGACCACAAAGUUCUAACCAAAAACAGGCCAUCCCAGGUCCACAAAGCUGAUGCCAAAAGGCUCAGCAGCAAAAACACAGCAGAUUGCGGGCCCAAAUCCGAAGCCCACAUGUCCGCAUCCCAGCUGCCGGGCUAGGGUUUGAAGAAAACCUUCGGCCCAACCAACAUUACUCCUCCGCGCCGCACAGAAACGAAAUUCAAAUUACAACUCUCCCACGUGGUGCUACAGUACUCGACAGGACGGCUGGGCAGGCGGCCAAUCAAAUCCAUCCGUCAGACUUCGUUGACUUGCCGGUCACCGUCACCAGCAGAGCUCCGGCCGAAAAGUAGCAGCCCAGAAAUCCGUCAUGCUCGCUCAUGACACCGUAGACCACUCCCCCACCCCACCAGGUUCCGGCAUCCAUCCCGGCGGCCAUGGUGGGAGAACAAAGAAACCAAGCCGGAAAGUAACCAAGCCAAAACGGUGCUCCCCCCUCCACCACCCACCCCCGAAGGACCCCGGCGACCCCCAACGGCAUAGGUAGACAGGAAAGGUGGGCGUUUUGACAGUAGCCGGAAAUGGGUAGCACCAGGCGUUUCCGAUCCCAGCAAGCCGGUGGUCUUCUCCGACGAAGUCCUGGUAACUUUCCAAAAGAAACCUGCCUGAAAAUUUCCAAACACCAGAAAAAGAAGACGAAACAUAGGAGACCCUGUACUCGCACCAGUCCUCCGAGUCGUCUUCUCCGGUCAGCACAAAAACACAAUCAAAUCCCCUCGCCGGGAAGGAAAAAAUUCCCAAAAUCAAACAGAAAAACCAUGCGAAUACUCCGACGAUUCCUGGGACCGUUGACGUAUGACCCCAUCUUCGAACACCAAGAACAACUCAAACCGGACCCGUUCACCUCCGUCACCGGCCCCCCCCUCUCAGAGCCAAUACCCAGCGUUACUAACUGUCCGGUGGUGUGUGUAAUAUUCUCCGGCAAAGUCGUCGGUCAUUGGAGCAGCAGUAGCCAGCCGUUUCAAACAUCAUCUACCGGUUCAACAAGGAAUCCCCACGAAGUUAACACCGUUGAUCGCAGACCCCACCAUCCAACACUAAGAACAACUCAAAACCGGCCCCGUUCACCUCCGUCACUGCCCCCCCUCUCAGAACAAGUGCCCGGCGUUACUAACUGUCGUCGGUGGUGUGUAGCAUUAUCCGGUGAGGUCAUCAGCCAAUGGAGAAACAAAGCUUCAAAUCCUCAGUAUUCGCCGGCAGGAUUCUUCCAUCCUUAGUAGAAAAGCUCCCCAGCCUUCAAACCUGGUGGUUCGGCAGUUUCCGGCGAGAUCCAAAAAUCCUUCAACACAAACCAUGAUAAAAUCAAGGAUUUCCCAAGAAAUCCAAGACCACCGAAGUGAAAAAUCCACAAACUCUCCCACACAAGACCACCGGAGUGGAGUUUCCAAAAGAUUCACCAAAGCUCAAGAGGCCCGCCGGAGCCCGGAGGGCCCCGGCGG